AUGAUCAAGCUAUGGGUGUUCGUCUUAGCUUUAGUAACUGCAUCUUAUUUUUCACAAGCUUCAAAAUGUCCCGCCAAUUGCCACUGUAACAACACGGCGAUGGAAUGCACCAUUGAUGAUCUGAAUGACCUCAAUACUACACACGACCGCAACUUAACCAGCUUGUAAGAAUUUACUUUACACGUUUUUUCUUUUAGAGCCAAAUUUGUGACUUCCAUAAAACUCGAAACAGGAAUAACUACGGUAGUUGAGAGGAUCUCAACACUAAUUUUAACACUAAGGUCCAUAAUUUUCCUUGAAUAUUACCUGGUAUAGCUGCACUAUAUAACUUAAGUUGGUCGUAAUAGCUAACGAGCGUCUGACAUUUAAACCAGUCAAGCCCUUAAUUUUAACAUCAGAAGCCAGCAGUUACGUAAGUUUUUUUGCAACUAGUUCCUGGUCUCCAAUACAGAUCUACCAUGUUGAUUUGUUGUGUUUUCAUGUUUCCAUAUUUAGUAAACACGAAUUCAUCUGAUCUCCAUGAGAUUGUUAGGAUCGAUACGGACGUGAUCUCAAAAUAUGCCGCCAAGACCUCCGGCCGAUAUUAUCGCACAAUAUCCCUCGUGCUUGCCUUAUAACAGGGGCACCCAACGAGGAUAUAGUUCAAAACCACUUAACAUAGCAUUGUUGAACGUAGUUUAGUAUUCAAACGGUAGAUAUAGGCAUAUUUUUAUCCCCUAAAACCUUUUCAUCUGUUCGGAUUUCCUAGCUGAAAGUCUAGUGAUCCGAAAAUUAUAGGGAUAAAAACUUACCUUCUCGAAAACUUCAACCAGGAAUAGGCUCCCGAAAAUUCUAGGUGGCCUUUUUUAGGGUCAAAAUCCGUUAAAAAUGGGUAAUUAUACCAUUUUGUCGAUGUUCGAAAAUCCUAGGAGAGGCAGGCAAGCAAGAAAUUUUACAACAAAUGCUCCGAAAAUUUUAGAUCUCAAAUCGUCUUCCGAACAGAUAUUUUCCUUAAAAUUGCCGUUGGGUGCCCCUGUUAUAAGAACGACAUUCGCCAUUGGCUCACCGGUCUGAGCACAUGAAAAACAUUGACUUAGAGUGGUUUGCUUUAUUGCGAGCAACCAAUCAGGAGCCAGUAAUCCUGAUCUCCACGUUGCUAUUACCAAUGCGCGGGACGUAUGUAGCCAGCAUUCGUUUAGAUUUCAACUAAGAAUGAAUGGAAUACAUAGAACGCAAUCUGAUCACGCGCGUUUCGUCCAUCUCUCACGUGAAGAACGAGAGCGUUUUGACCUUCGAUCUCGCCCACACCCCCUAACCUAUGGUUAUUACUAGUACCAAAAUAACAUUCAUUGAAAACUUCUGAGUCUGCGAAUUCCUUAACCUUUAUAUGUCCCAACAUUGACCGACAUCAAUUUUCUCCUAACAACAGUGAACUUACGCAACAAGGCGGGAGAGGAAAGAAGAAGGCAAACCUUUGGUGACAAGCGUGACAAUAAUUUUGUUCCAAAUAAACUUUUCACCAAACUUCACUUUCCUUUAAACAGAUCUUUUAGUUAAAGACCAGAAAACAUUAGUGAUAAUUGAAGAUCACGACAAAACACGCAAAUAGCCCUGUCACGUUUGUCGAACACAAGCGUUUUGCCGUCAUCUUCUUCUUGCCGUCUUGUUGCGUAAACUCACUAAUAUCAAUACCUAAUCUAGCCUGACAGAACAGCCGACAUUUGGCGAUGCUAUCACUGGUUUCCCCGCAAAAUGAAGUCUCAGAAACGAGCGCAGAAAUUCCAUACUGAUGACGCGUCACUACCCAAAUCUGGGAAGUGCUUCUGAUUGGUUGAAUCAAAUUUUGCAAGCAGCACGGCCAAGUGAUGAUACAAUAAAAACCCGCGAGUAAGAACCUGAAAAUUAAGAACCUGUUAGCCUAAAAUUUGCCAUUUAUAUCCCCUAUAAACAAGAACCUGUUUAGCCUAGAAAAUGAAAAACAGGUUCUUAUUUUUUAAAAUCAUAUUAUUGAAAUGCAGCUGCAAAACUGUGCAAGAAUCCUGUUUGGAGAAUUAGGAACUUGGCAUUGCUGUGCAAAUAAAAGUGCUAAUUUAUUGAUGUAAUAAAAAAUAAAGUGCAAAAGGUUAAUAUCGUUGUAUCGCAUUUUGAAAUUGACCAAUAGGCUGAUUACCAUCUUGUUUUGUAGCUUGUUUUUUUAUUUAAUUUUUUUUUUACAGAAAUAAGAACCUAUUUAAGAACCUAAAUAGCCUAAAAUUGUGUUAACUACCAUUUAAAUAAGAACCUGUUAAGGCUAACUCCAGAAAAUGUAGGUUCUUACUUGCGGGUUUUUACUGUAAUCCAAACGCAAAUUGCUGUGGAGGAGUUCUUCUUAGUUACGUUAGCAUUUUGGAAAGUUGCAUAGGAUUACCUGAUAACGACAAAAAUUCUUCCAUUUGUCCUCCCACGCCUUGCUUCCUUUAAAAUCUUCCUCUGUCGUACAAUGUGUUAUUACGUCAAUCGAAAUCUUGGUCAUCUGCAAAUUAAUCAAGAGACAUUGUAAAAGGCGAGAGACUCACUUUUGUCAAAACUGGCGUUUAACCUUUAUUAAGUUUUUUCUUCACUUUUUCUUAGUGAUUAGAACAUAAGUCUGAGACCUAACUCUAUCGAUAUUAUAAAAAGUUCCCACGAUAACUAUAGUCACUAAAGAGAACAUGGUAGCAGCUUAGUACAAAAAUGUACCCGGAAAUUUAAUGUAUGGAAGGUGUGAAUAACUUGUUAUUACAUUGAUGGCUGCUUUAAUUGGGAAUAAACGGUAGCUUAAUUCGCCACAUAUUCAGACAAUUUGUACCAUUUCCUUUAGAACUCUUUCUGGAGGCAAAAUCAAGGAAAUCCCCCCGAGAAUAUUCACUGGAUUUCCCCGACUUCAGUUCCUGUAAGUAUUUCUUUUGCCCCCCUUGUCUUUGUUUUCGAUUGCCGUAACCAAAAAUGAUGGUAGAUAUAUACUAAAAUAUUUAAAAAAUAAGCAAAACAACAGGGGCGGAUCCAGAAAAUUCAGAAAGGAGAGCCGGGACACUUGGCACUACAAAGAAGGGGCGAGGUCCCGUUCCUGGACCACCCCUUGAUCCGCCCAUGGAUUGAAGGAGCCAGUCGUUUUAAUCAGUAGAGAUGCAGUGAUGUAGCGGGCUUGCACUUUAGUUUCUCCUUCGUCUAACAGAUACUCCUUUAUAGGUCUCUUGCAGGCAAUGAAAUAUCACAGAUCUCCAAUGGAUCUUUCAGUGGUUUAAACAACUUACAGGAGCUGUGAGUGGCAUUGUACACUGUUUCAUCGAGAACUUUUACAUAAUUUACGUCAUAUGUCAAGAAUGAGGGCGAGUACUUCAUCACGAGUUCCGAACACCGAGAAACAAAUGUAAACACGAGUUCGUCAGCCGAGGGCUUUCAUCUGUUUCGAGGUGUUUGGAACUCGCCUUGAUGAAGCACGAAGCCAAAGUUUUUGCAUGUCUUCUCAAAUGAAACAACAAGACACAGGGGCGGAUCCAGGAUUUUUUUAGGAGGGGGUGCACUCGUCUCUUGCUCUACCUCAACACCAAUAAACCACAUAGUUUUUUUAUUUUUUUGCAGAAUACCAGUUGUAUUAGAAAACCGCAGGUCAUCUCAAGGGGGGGGGCGCACCCCCUGCACCCCCCCCUAGAUCCGCCCCUGAGAAAUAAUGCAGCGACAUGUUUUCUCUGGUAUUGCAUUGGUGGUGUUUUACCUGGUGUUUCGUUAGAUAUCAAGAUUUAUCCACCUGACCCAAAUGGUCGUCAUUUAUUGGCUUUUGACUACCUGAAUAAUUAAUGAAUUUGAGAAUACCAUCUGAAGUAUUGAAUUCCUUUAGAUAUAUACACUGGGAUUAAGCUGGAUUAAUGAAAUUUACUUUAAAUGCAUGGUGGGACCAAGGAUAUUGGGCAAGAAGAGGGAUAUUAGUUCUAUUGCAGGAUAUCACAUCGGUUGAAUAAUAUCAGGCAGGACGAAUGAUAGCAAGUCGGAUAAAGGAUACUUGUCGAACAAAGCAUAUCGCGUAGGACAAAGGAUAUCAGGUUGGGCAAAUAUCACGUCUGACAAACGAUAUCAGGCUGGCUAAGGUAUAGCAGUUCCCAUUUAGGAUAUCAGGCAGAUUUUAACAAAAUCGGGGGCAAACGAACAAAUGAGGUCGAGAGACAGGAUUUCCUCUAAUAUGCGACUUCCUACCCAGGUAAUUCUUUUUUCACGUCCGAAAAAAUUACGAACACAUAAAUUAGAAACCUAUAAAGCAAAUUAAAACACAUACAUUUUUUUCACUCGAAGAGCAAUUCAGAGCAUGCCUCUCGGGCCAAUAUUUAUUAAUUUAUUAAUAAUCUAAUUGCACUUUUCUAUCAAGGGUUCUAGAAAACAACCAGAUCCACACUGUACUAGCAGAAGUAUUGCUCCCUCUGAAGUCGCUGCGGUAUCUUAACUUAAAAGGAAACAGAUACAAACGUUUACCGUCUUCCAUACUGUUACUGCCUUCGCUGGAAAAGAUUAAGGUGGAUAAUAUUACAAACUGUCAAUUUUGUGAGAUUGACUUCGCGUUAAACUGUUCGUCUGAAUAUCAAAGAGAAUUUAGACAAAUUGCAGCCUUUGGAAAUGUUUCUGGCGUUUGUGUAAGCUGGAUUAAUUGCCAGUACUUUCCCAACAAUUCAUGCGCUCGCCCCUCCCCUUCAAAGGUACCUCCGAUCAAAAAUUUGCAGACGAAUUCCACGCAAUUCAACUUAAGCACUGCGCUUUAUAACAAUUCAUACCACAACGACAGCGGCCCGCCUUCAGCAACAUCGGUGCCUCUGAUAGAAGACAGCGUGCCACUAAAAUCCUUCAUAUUCAUCUUGAGUUUGGUGGCUGCUUUCUCUAACAUGCUCAUUGUCAAGGUUGUAUUCACCACAGAGAGACUAAAAAACCUUAAGGCUAUGUUCCUUGCUGGUCACAUUGCUGCGUGUGAUUUCUUAAUAAGUUCUUUUUUACUGGUGAUUGCCAUCAACGCUACAAUUCUUACUUCUGAACAGAGACAAAGACACAUUGAUUCUUGGAGAAAGUACGUCUGUCCCACGAUAAUCUCGACUCGUUCAGUAGCUCUUCUUGUGGAACCUUUGGCCCUUUUCUUAAUGACUUUGGAUCGCUACAAGCUCAUCGUACAUUACUCAAGACCGGCAACCCAUCUCACGCGUCGUACUGUGUUAAUCACGAUCUCCUUGGCGUGGUUAUUAAGCGCUAUCCUCGUGGGCAGUCAAACAAUGGGCUUCGUGACGACUCAUGAAUUCAAAAGCAUUCUUUGUGGACGGGCGAGCUGGAGUAAAAACUAUGGAGAUUACAUCGAGAAGACAGGAAUCGCUGGUAGCUCUGUCCUUUUUCUGCUGUCAUGUGUCAUGUACAUUCGUAUUUACCGCGUAGUGAAGACCCAGGAUAACAUAAGGAGGUCAAAGGCGUACACAAGAGUCGCUAAACUUAUCUUUGCUCUUGUGUUGAGCACGCUGGUAUUAUGGUACCUUCCAGCUAUGAUUGUGGCAUUUAUAGGGCACCAGACUUACGCGAAAGAAAUUCGUCAGCUCACCAUCUUCAUUUCAUUUACCACAAACUCGCUGGUGAAUCCAUUUCUGUACGUGUUCAGAGAGAAAAAAUUCCGACAGGAAUUGCGCCUCCUUUUACGUAUGUGUAAUUCCAACGCAAAAACAGUACAGAGCAAGCGCAAGAUUGAAAGGAAUCCAACGGGUAUUGUCAAUGGAGGCAGAUUUACGGACGGUGACGAUGAAUCAAACAAGACUCAUGGCACGUCCCUGUAA